AUGGCUGGAGUGCUACUAAAGACCACAAAAGCUGAAGAUUACGAGGUGGGGAGUACCAUAGGUUGGCUUAGUUUUCCUCCUAGCGGUGCUUCUUUUUAUUCCAAAUGGGCUUCAAAUUUUACAUUCAAAGUAAAUGACACUCUGGUGUUCAACUUCGAAUCUGGAAGCCACAGUGUGGUGGAACUUACCAAGGCUAGCUAUGAAAAGUGUAAUUUCGGAAACAUUAUCAAAUCCUUCAAUACAGGACCAGCUAGAGUCACCCUCACAAGCCCAGGAGAAUUCUACUUUUCCUGCCCCUUCUCAGGCCAUUGCAGCAGUGGCCAAAAGCUAAGCAUUAAAGUCACUGACUCUUCUUCACCAGCACCACAGAAAGCUCCAACUCAAGGUCCUUCAACUUCCCCUGCAUCAAACAAUGCUCCAGUUGAAGGUCCUUCAUCUUCUUCUCCCCCCGCAUCUGGUUCAGUUCCUAGUUCAGGUUCCUCUGAAAUAACCCCGUCACCCCAAACUGAUUCAGCUGCUAUAGCCCCUCCACCACAGGGCUCAGCCACACCUCUGGCUGCUACCUACUCUCUAUUCAUCAUCACCAUUGUCAUCAAUUUUCUGUCUCAAUUUUAG